GGUCAUCUGAGAGACCACCAUCGCCAGGACUAGCACAAGCCAUCAAGCCUCCUGUCCUUUCAAAACUGAACUUGAAACUUGUGACAAAGAUAUUGUGUAGUGGAAUCUAGACAGCCUGCGAAUUUUCUUUCGUCAAGGACACUUGGUGACCUUUCGGGACUGGUGACUUGUGGUGGCUAUAAAACCUCUUUUUUGCACUAAGUUUUAUUCCUUUUCUAGUGAUUUAACUAUCGAGCUUUCUACAAAAAUGUUCCGAAUGUCCCUUUUAAAUUUUUUUGCACUUUUUAAAAAAUAAGUUUUGGAAAGAUAUCUUGCCAUAUGUAACGACAUAGAACUGCACAUAUAACAUGAAAGACGUUUUAUUUAGAAAUGUGGCUCUGGAUGAUGUUUUUGUCCUAAUACCUCGUUGAAAACCUUGUUCUGCGCUUAUGUUUAUGUUGAGUUCAUCGUUAAUUCACAUAAGAGUUGUGCUUUCAUAAGACAACAUCUACUUUUUUGUCUUAAAAUAGGCUUUAUGUCAUCUGAAGUCUGCUAACUACACAUCUGUGACCUUAACUCAAUUAAUUUAAGUCAAUGCACAUGAAAAGCCUUAUCAACACAAUCGAGGUCGGCAAUGUAUGUACCUAUUUGUGUUGAGUUUUGUCUUUUUCCGCAGGUGAAUUACGUUCAGUUUUAUAUUCUGAAUUUAUGUACUUUAAGCCUUAUUUUUACUUUAGAGUUAUUUUAUUUGAUCAUUUUAAAGUCGGGCAAUGCCAGGCUUCCCCUUUUUUCCAGAAAAUAGUUCUUCACCUUUGCUUAUUUCUAAUCUAUUCAGUCAAGCUCAAGUCCUCUUUUGUUAAAGCAUAAUAGCAUUCAACCAAUUGAUUAUUUCAACUCUUUAUUUAAACACAUCAACGUUUGCAAAAGAAGGUACUAAAUAUUUAUUCACCAACCCCAUCAUCUGAUUUGUGAGGGCCGGAAUACUGCCUGGGAACCCAAACCAAGUUGGGUGGUAAUUUUUUUGGGGUCAUAACCCGAACGUUUGACCUAGUAAUUUAAUCCACAAGGCAGUGAGGCAACGUUAAGAUAUGUAUUCCCAUGGUAGCUUUUCAUCCUCACAAUCUCAUAAACAUCCCCGCGGCUAUAAGGCAAUCAGUAGGAGUUCCCUUGCAAUGGUUAUAUUCGUGUGGCUAUGUGAGAAUUUUGAAAGGGAGAGCGGACUCUCCCUGCUCUCGACUAUAUCAAGGAAUUUUCGAUCCCAUUGAUUGGGAUACAGUUAUGUACAGUUUUACAGUUCAUAUAAUACGACCAUUAUUAUGUAUCGUCAUUGAGUGUCCAUGUCACACACAGCCUUGUCGACUUCGUCUUUUACAGCUUAUCGUUAGAACUUCAGUAUUGUUGUUGUAGUAUAAAUUAGUUUUAAGCACUGGAUUACCACUCAAUGCACUGUUUAUAGGAUUUACUAUUGUUGUAACCACAUAUUUUCUGUUCAUGGCAUUACACAUGGGUUAAGUAGUUUGUCAAAUAAAUAGGAUUAUUCCUCAUUAUUAUAUCGCAAUAGAGAUUUCUCCAAAACAAAUUUAAUUCUAAUUGCAGUGGUGAAACGAGAGAAAUAAGACAAACUCAGAAUACUGCGUUGUUCAGAAAGUGAUUUUUCAAUGAAAUGAUACAUGCAUCAAUUCGGUAUCCUUAAGUUACUUGAUAUUGAUUCAAAACAUUUCUUGAACCUACACUAGAACGUAUACAAUCCCGUUUCGGAGCAUAUAUUAACGAUUUAUGACGUCACAAAAUAAUUACUUUCCUUGACUUUUAAAAGUUUUCCAUCCUACCUUAACAAUGAUCCAUUUUCACGGUGGACACUGGAUGAGGUUUCAGGAUGUUUCGGUUUCUUUAUUCCAUAUUUGUUCACAACUUUAUCGGUGUACUUACAAUGACUUUUGCCUAAUAUUGGCUGUAUUUAAUAUUUAUUAUCAUAUAAGUAGUACUUUCGUGUUAUUAACCUAGUCUCUGAUUUCUUAUUGCAAUUGAUAUACUAUGCAUUCUUAUGUCAUAAUAAUCACCCAUUAAUAAACAUUUCAGUAUUAUCAUAUUCACCUUAAUUCAAAUAACAUUAGUUCUGCUAAUUGUGUUUUUUAGUAACCGUUUCGAGAUUUAAAUAACUACCAAUUCACAAAAGUCUGAUGCUAUUUAAACAAACGUAGUGACUGGCAAUAUCGUAUAUCCAACUAAAUUAUGUUUAGUAUUUACACCUUAGGUUCUGAUAAGUUAAUUUCUUUUUAUUUACUUAAAAUAGACAAUGUAAAGUAAACUGCUUUUCAUAUAUGACUAGUUUCAUAUUUUCAGAUGCAAGUGUACAACAAGAAAGAAAAAUAUUUCAAAUACAUUGAAAAACAUUCAACAGUUUUCGGUUUUCUUCUAUAUCUGAUUGGACUGAUAUGGUUUUGUCUUUUGUCUCAAGAUGAGCUGAACUAUAAAACGUAUAUGAGUGAGAAUGCCCUACUUAUUGGUCAGGUGAAUGAAAUCUUUGGUGAUGUUUCUUCCUCUGUUGAAUUUUAUGAAGAAUCUAAGAAGGCAUUUAAAUCUAAUGAGAUUAUUGGUUUAAAACAAUGGUUAUCUAUACAGCUUAGCACAAUCGGUCUAGAAGUUUAUUCGCAAAAUUUCAGUUUCUCUCAUGAUAUACUUUCGCCUUUAAAGUCAAUUAAUGGAUCGAAUCUAUACGGCAUUAUGAGGUCACCAAGUGGUGGUCGAACUGAAGCACUUGUGAUUAUUACGUCAUUAGGUGAUAAUCCAACUUAUUUUGGAAGUCUUGCUUAUGUUUUAUCCCUGAGUAAACUGUUCAGAAGUAAUUAACAUUUCGAAAGUAUGUGGUUUAACAACUUUUCAAAUUUACAGAUCAAAUACACUGGGCUAAAGAUAUAAUCUUCCUGUUUCCGGAAUAUGAAUAUAUUGGUUUGAUGGCAUGGCUUGAAGCUUACCAUGGGACCAUAAAUUCAGACAGCAAGUUUACUUUGAAAAGUUAUCCUUGCAAUGUUUUAUUAUUAAAGCAGUUUGCAUUUAAGUUUCAUACCUGGGUACUUUCGCCCUGAGUUAUUAGUUCACUUCGGCCAAUUGUAAUCACAAACUCAGUUUAUUUGCUCUGCUUAAGAAAGUUCAUACUAAAUAUUACUAAAGUGAUGAUAUCCUUAUACCUAAAGAUUGCUUCAAAAUAACUUAAUUAAAUGCUUAAUGUGCUUUCAUGUCACUUAGGCUAGAUGAUUAUAUCUUAACACCAUAAAAAAACAAAAUGUACUAUUAAACAGUAAAUUUAACCACUGGCGAAUAUUUUAUCAUUUCAUCAACAUUUGGUAAAUAAAUGUUGAAUGAGCUUCAUGCAUUCGUGCUAAUAUUUCUGUAGUUACCUACUAUUCAGAUACUAGUGUAGGCAAGUGAGGUGGCCAGUCAUAAUCAGCAUAGGUAAGUCACUUAGCCAUAAGAACCUUAAAGACUGUCGGGAGCAUUGAUCAUGGAAAGUUGCCACACCACAUUAGCACAAGUAGAUGAAACUUUCGAAGUGAGUACCAAAGUGUUAGUGGUGUUGUUAAUAGUGAAGAAGAAUAGGCUUAGAUAAAAUGGUUGGAGAAUGAACUUACGGAAUAAAAUGUAAGAAAUAAUUUUAAAACUAGGUGUUUAGGGCCAGACAAGAAGUAAAUGCAUCAGUACGGGUUUUGAGCCAUGUGUCUCAAACCACUGGCCAAAAUAAUCACACGGACCCCAACUACGUGAAACCAGUAUACCCACUCAUUUCUAUCUUAUGGAAUAAAUUGCACGCUUUUUUGACCCAGUUAUACAACGAAGGAAGAUUUUAUGGGACAAGUUUUCAAUUGUUAAAAUGAAUGCGAAUACUGAUCAAUAGAUAAUAAACAACUGCACAAAGUGCAGUUUAGUGGUGGCUACUCAUGAGAACUAAUUGUCAAUUUAAGCUCCCAAAUGGUUCGAGGUUGAAAGCAAGACUACUAGCCAGGAAAACAGGGUUUUGUCCGAUAAAAUGAUAGGUAUAUACAUACAUUUUUAUGCAAAAAGUAAUAUAAUAACUCGUCAUAACCUGUUGGGUGAAGUCCGUUUGUAGGUCUCUCACUACCCAACCAAUUAAGAUCUAACUGUUUGGCCUAAUUCUUGUCCAUUGUACCAAUUAUCCCAAAUAAUACGUAUAAAAGCAUGUAAUCGCAAGUUCUCCCAUUGAUCUGAGAGUGCAAUUCAUCAGAGUUUUGCCGAACAAGAUUAUGUCAUUUUUUAACUAAGUCAGUUGAUAGGUCUUUAGGACAAGUAACCCUCUAAUAAAGACUCAAAGGUAAAAUUUAAUUGAUGAACUGAGGAAUUUUAGGGGAAUCCUCAGGUAAUACUGUUUGUUUACGAACCGCUAAGUGAUCCAAAACUAACUUAUUAAAUUUAUUGAAGUUACUUACUGAUACUAGAAAACGGAAUUUUCAACAUCCUCAGAAAAACAGAUUUAAGGACUUCAAUUUACUACAUUCUACAAAAUAUAACAAUGACUUCAAAUGUUGUUCUUCUUUUUCAUACAGAUCUCUUCUGGUCAGAACUUGAGGGUAGAAGUGGUAGUAUUCAAGCUGGUUUAAGUUUGGAAUUCCCUAAUUUGUACCAGUCAGCAAUUGAUAUAUUGCCUGAAGGUCCUAAUGGUUUAUUAGCUAAUUUGGACUUAGUAAACACUGUUGUUCGACUAGCUGAAGCCCAUUCUGUGGUAACACGUGUUAAUAGUCAGGUAAGACACGUUAGAAGUAGUUUUCCCAUAUAGUUACUCUUCGAUAAGCAGUCCGUUCAAUUUCAGUUUCUUGAAUGUUGAGAUUAGGCACAAGUACUAGGUAAAAAUGGUAAAUCGAUAGACGAUGUAGGGAAUUUUCACCAACUAAGGUUUUUGGAAUUUGUCCUGUGUAUGCCGAACCACCUUCUACCUCGACGGGCGUUGUUGUCUGGUGUAGGAGUGGGUUGUAAGAAAGCUAGGGGCGGGAAAACCAAUAUGUGGCAGCAGUUCAUGAAGUCAGUGACAACUAGACUGAUCUAUGUUAUUAAGUGUAGACUAACUGGUUGGAGUCUGUGUGACCAUUGUUAAUUACUGACUGGAUGCUUUGAGUGGCAUGGCUCAGAAUCGUUCGCGAUUGUGCAUGUGCAUUCAGUCUUAGUCUCUCUUUAGAACCUAGGUCCUGAAAUCUCACUAUACCUCUUUUUCUUUUUCGAUAUCUAAUCGUUUCUAAUACUAUUAAUACCGUUAUUUCUUCUACUACUCUGGUAUUUGUCUUAAAAUAAUUUCACCUCGUUGUGCUAUGGUGGCGUAAUAUAGCGACUUAAACCGAUGAAAUAUAUAUCAGGUUCUACGUUGUGUAUGUCUGAGUGACUGAAACAGUAUGAAUAAUCGAAUUGCACUAUAUAAACUGAACAACUUUGGGUUUCUGUGACCUUCAUUUUCAUUUGUUUUCUUCGUUUGGGAAUUAUUAUUCAUCCAUCUCUAAGUGUGAAAUUCAUUUUCAACUUUCACCUCUGAUGGGUAACUUAGAUACUGUGCUAUACUACUAAUAAGGCUGGGAAUCAAUUUUCAACAUUCUAACCAUACCCGUCGCUCAGGUUCGUGAUUGCGCAUGAAUCUGAAAUCGGCUAUUUUAAGGCAAAAUAACUACACAAGUAACUCUGACGUAUAGCGAAUUUCACUAACAAAGAUUUCUUAUCGUUAUUCACUAGUCAUCUGUCGGUACUAAAUUAUCUGAUGCAAAAUGAUAUUCUCUACAGUAAUUGUACAGAAUGUAGCAAAUGAUAUCAUUUAUUCAUCGUUAUUGUUAACGCAGUUCUGUUUAUCAUGGUAAAUAAUUGAUAAACACAGCACAUAUGGGAUGGAAACUAUGGUGCUGAGAAUGGUUGGAAAGGACUAAAAACGGUACUAAACACAGCAAGAACAAUUAUCCUCGGGAUAAUUGAUUAAAGGCAGGUUGCGAUAGAGGAAUUACGGGAGAAAAAAUGAUUACGAAACCUAGUAAUCAAAAUGAGGCAAAUUAGAAUAUUCGUGUAGUAAGUUGUAGGCUGAAGAUUCAACAAUAAGAAGAAUUAUUCAGUGCAAAAUAGACAACGAAAACGAUACAAAAGAAGUACGUACAAAAAAGUUGAAUAAGGUUAUUACAACAGGACAUCAAGUCGCUCAAAUAGCAUCUUCCUCGUAACUGGUUAGAACACCCAUCCAAAACAAAAUUCAAUAGAUAUGCUUGGUGUGAACCCAAAUCAAUUGAAAACAGAGGCCAAAUAUGCAAAUGUAUGAAGGGAAGCUUUAAAAAAGUGUUUGGAGUUACAAACGAAAUGAACAGAUAUUACAGAAAAAGUGCAAGGAUGAUUGUGAAUUACGGGAUAAGAAAGCGCACGAUAGAAACAACUAUUGUACCCCGUUAGUUGUUCUGUAUCAUUAAUGAAUGUCUCUAGAAAAGCUAUUGGGGUUUACUAACACCAAGAGGGAUGGAAAGAGCAUAUAAUAAUAAACUUUAAAAUAAUAAAUAUAAGCGCCCACCUGUAACUAAUUGACUAAAAUCUUUUUUCUAUAUUAUUUUUUUUAGUGUUUUUCCGUUCUAUUUUAAUAAGUAAUCUCUGUUCUAAAUUAAACGGGUAUAUUUUGAUGAUCAACCCCAUCUAUACAAUAUUUUCGUGUCUUUGAUUUCCUCAUUUUUUGUACUCGCUUUUUUAGCCUUAUGAUUAUAGACGGGUUACACUUGGAACUAGAUUAAAUGAUAUGAUGGGGCUAAUGAAGGCAGUUUGGAAUCAAGGAUCAAAUUCUCCAACUGGUUUACAUGGUCCUCUAAUUAAUUAUCAAAUUCCUGCUAUUACAUUACGGGCAGAACAGAAACACCGAUCCACAGUUCCACGUAGUUCAGAAGUUCUUUCAGUUACAAGAUUACUUGAAGGUAUUCUUCGUUCGAUAAAUAAUUUACAAGAAAGAUUUCAUCAAUCAUUUUGGUAUUAUUUUCUCCCUAAUCCAUAUCGAUAUAUUUCAAUUGGUGUUUAUAUGCCACCAGUUUUGAUCAUGAUUUUAAGCCUUUUAUUAAAGCCAGUUCUCUUUUGGAUAUUAUUAAAUCAGUCCGAUUCGGAUAAUAAUAAUGAUGAUGAUCAAAUGAUGAUGAAUAAAAAAAUAGACUCAUCUAAAUUAACCAAUUCCAAUUCAUCUCAAUUAGAUAAUCAUCAUAUUGAGAAAUUAGUCGAUGAUAAUACUCAAUUAAUUAAUAAUAACCAAACAAUUCGUCAGCGUAAUCAAAAAAAGUCAAUCAUUGAAAAAAAAUCGAUUGUGAAUGAAAGAAAAAAUGAUCAAAAUGAAAAGCAACUUGAAUCUAAUUCACCGUUAUACUCUAGCGCUACUCCUCCAUAUAUACUAUGCUUAAUUCUGCGUCUUACUUUAUGCUUUUCUACGGGAUUUUUACUGCAUUCUUCACCUAAGUAUUUAUUUAAGUUAUCCAACUUAUUAUUAAUUGGCAGCCAAUCAAUCAAUUCCACUUUUAAGUUGGUUGAUAUAUUUCUAAUCGGUAUUACUAGUUUGAUAAUUGCCGUCAUGAUUGUUUUACCAAUCCUUAUGCUUAUCAUAAAAAAACUUUUGAAUUUAUAUGAAGCAGAUAAACAAGAUCUUACCGGCCAGUUAUGUCUUUUUAGUUGGGCAUUAUUUUUAAGUUGUUUGACAUGCUUAAAUAUAUCAUCAGCUGUUGUUCUCGGUAUUCCAAUUGUUCCUCUGUUAAGCUUAUUUGUACAGAGAAAGGAUAAUAUCGAAACUAAAAAAUCAUUUACAAUGAAACUGGUAAAAUGUUUCACUAUCAUUGGCUGGUUAAUUACAUUUACACCGAUAUUAAUUAUUGUAAUAUGUAUCAUCAAUUCUAGAAUUCAACAACAACAUUAUCCAAUAAGUGUAAAUGCUGUUCGAAAUUGUUAUGAAAAAUGCAUUUUACAAAGUUUGAUUGAAGCAGAUUUAUUUGGUUGUUGGACAUGGCCAGUUAUUACAUGUGGAUAUACAUCAUUAUGGUUAUUAACAUGGUUAGCUAUUUUCUGAAUAAUAAUCAUAAUGUUAAAGGAAUAGAACAUGGAAACAUGCAUGAAUUGUUAUUGUGCAAAAAUAUAUCACAUAAUUCUGAUAGAAACUUCGUCUUCUCAUUGCAUUAUGGAAAAUUAAUUGUUAUUGUUGUUUCAUUUUUCUUAUGUAUAUUUUUCAAUUAUCCAUUUAUCAGUUCAUUUUUGUAUCUAAUAUAUAUGUAUUUGUAAUAAAGUGUAUUCAGUUGAUGUGUUUUCUUUUGUUUCUGACGUUCUGUCUUAGAUUUUAUAAAUCUCAUCUAAAGAUAAAACUUUUGCGGGUACAUACUCUACAACACCUUUGUUUUCAUCAACAAUUAGUUCAGCUCAAAAUUUGGUGAAAAUGCAUUUUGUUUAAAUACAGAAAUAUUCUGUAUUGUAUUUAGUCGGAAUUUGUUAUAACUUGUGACCUGUGUGCCCUGCUAAUGUAUAACGUAACGAUACCGCUAAUUAGUGAGCAGUGACUUAUCGAUCGGACCAAUGACGCGUAAACUCGUAUGAGCGGUCUAGAGUCCUUAUUGGUCCCACUUCCUGUCUAGCCCAGCCAGUUAAGUCCAGAACACCAAUCCGGGCCUCUGCGAUAUGAAUCGUGUAUUUCAAACACAUUCGGUUUAUAUACCAAUCAGACAGACCACAUCGUACCAAUAAAAUACGAAACAACAUUUGUACAAGAAUUAGCCAAGUGUGGCUGUGAAUAAGGGAGGUAGUAAUUAAUAGAAAGGGC